UGUCGAUUAUAACAUUAUGUAUUGUUUGAAGAGCGACUUAAAGCAGACUUGGAGCCCCUUUGCCAAGGAGUAUGACCCAUUGAAAGCCGGCAGCAUCGAUGGAACGGAUACCGAGCCCCACGACAGAGCUGUUGCUCGAGCAAUAGAUUCUCAUUAUGAGCCACCUCAUGGAUUAAAGUCAAAGCCAGAGAGGACGUUGUUCGUAGCGAGAUUUGGACCUAAGGUGUCCAAGCACGACUUGAAAGAUUUCUUUUCAAAGUACGGGGAAGUCGUUUCUGCCAAGGUAAUAUACGACAUAGUCACCGGGACCUCGCAAUGCUAUGGUUUUGUGGAAAUGAGGUCGGAGGACGAUGCGUGGAGAUUAGCCAGAAGGAUGAGCGAUCUGACCAUGAUGAAUCAUAAAAUAUUCGUGGACUUUGAAGUUGGUCGUACGAUGAAGGGCUGGAAACCAAGGAGGUUAGGUGGUGGAUUCGGUGGUAAGAAGGAAUCUGGCCAGUUGAGGUUCGGAGGAAAGGAUCGUCCGUUCAAGAGGCCAUUUUUAUUGGACGUGCCAAAGAACAUGAGAGUAUAAGCAUGACGUAAUGGCGAAGCACCCAACUGCCUCGAGGAGAAUCAUAACGCAUCAUAGCCGCUACGCUGUACU